GCUUAGCGCAAUAUUGACUGAACUCAUGUUGCACGCCGCUUUAGGGUUUGCUUGCAGUAGCGUUAACACAAAAGUAUUCGAUCAUUCCUUCUCCGAACGCUGCGUUUUGGUCGAUCUCUGAUUUCAAGGACCAUGGCUUCUUUUACGGAGAAAAUGUUAAUUUGUGCUGUAGUAGAGUUUGAUUUCAACUGGAAAUUAAUCACUUCAGGAGCUACUUGCUUUCCUAUUAACUGAUGGACACUCACUGGAGAACGCCUUUUAGAUGUGAAUUGCACAAAAGUGAUUAUUUUUAUCAUUAUUUUGCUCAGAAGUUGUCUUGUAAAGUUAAAAAUGGGCAGCAAGACGGUUAUCAAAUGGUCAAAGCAAAUCAAAUCAGCCCAAGUUGCGCAAUUGAUAAAAGCAGAAAGGGAUAUACAGAAAGCUAUUGUCAUAUUUGAUUCCGCAACAGCAGAGUAUACUAAUGGGUUCCGGCAUAGUCACCAAACAUUCAGUCUUAUGAUCUCUAGAUUAGUGUCUGCAAAUCAUUUCAGAUUAGCUGAGGAACUUCUUUGUAGAAUGAAGGAAGAAUGCAAUAUUACAGAGGACAUAUUCCUUUCCAUUUGCAGAGCCUAUGGUCGGGUUCAUAAGCCACUGGAUGCUGUCCGGGUUUUUCGCAAAAUGAAGGAGUAUGAGUGUGAGCCCAGCCAAAAAUCAUAUAUUACAGUCUUUGCUAUUCUUGUUGGUGAAAACCAGUUAAAACUGGCUUUGAGAUUUUACAGAUAUAUGAGAGAAAUGGGUAUUCCACCUAGUGUUGCUUCCCUAAAUGUUUUGAUCAAAGCCCUCUGCAAAAAUAGUGGAACAAUGGAUGCUGCUCUUCGGAUAUUUAGGGAGAUGCCCAAUCGAGGAUGUCCUCCAGAUUCAUAUACGUACGGUACUUUAAUUAAUGGGUUGUGUAGAUUGGGAAAGAUUGGUGAAGCAAAGGAGUUGUUUAAAGAGAUGGAGACAAAAGCUUGUUCACCGACUGUUGUUACCUAUACUUCUCUCAUACAUGGUUUAUGCCAGUCUAAAGAUUUGGAUUCAGCUAUUAGGUUGCUUGAAGAGAUGGCAAGCAAGGGCAUUAAACCCAACGUUUUUACUUACAGUUCUUUAAUGGAUGGUCAUUGCAAGAGUGGGUGUUCAUCACGAGCUCUGGAGUUAUUGGACAUGAUGGUUAGCAGACGCCAUUUGCCCAACAUGAUUACAUACAGUACUUUAGUCCAUGGACUUUGUAAAGAAGGAAAGCUUCAAGAAGCUGUGGAGAUUCUUGACAGGAUGAAGCUCCAAGGCUUGAGACCGGAUGCAGGAUUGUAUGGGAAGAUCAUAAGUGGCUUCUGUGAUAUUUGCAAAUUCCAUGAGGCUGCAAACUUCCUUGAUGAAAUGGUCCUUGGGGGGAUCUCCCCAAACCGACUAACUUGGAGCCUUCAUGUUAGAAUUCAUAAUAUAGUGGUCCAAGGGCUUUGUACUGAGCAUCCAAAUCGAGCUUUUCAGUUAUAUCUAAGCAUGCGGACAAGGGGCAUUUCAAUUGAUGCCAAAACUUUUGAUUCUCUUGUGAAUUAUUUCUGUAACAAAGGUGAUCUGCACAAAGCUGCUCACCUUGUUGAUGAGAUGGUGCUUGACGGGUGCAUUCCUGAUGAGGUAACAUGGAAUGCUGUGGUAGGUGCAUUUUGGGAUCGAAGGAAGGUGCGGGAAGCUGCUGAACUUGUACAGGGAGAGCCUUGGACUACAUGCAUGAUAUUUCUGAAUGCGAAGUCCUUCAUACGAGCCGCUCCAAUUAAAGCUGUAUUUCAGACAGUUUUAUUGAUGGCCCGAAGAACUUUCUGUUUUGCAUAGAUUUUUACAGAGAACUUCUGGAAACUACAGCUGCGUCAAAGAGGCUUUACUGUCAGUCAAAUUUUCCUAAGAGUACGCAAAGGAAAUAG